GCUCCACUAACACUCUCAGAGGUCGCCAUGAUGGCAUCCAUCAUUGGCGCCCUGAUUCACAUUGGCUCCUUCAUCCGUGGCGAGCAUCUCGCCCACGGCCCUCGUCACCUCUGGGAGAGUGUGCUUUUUCCCCCUUUAGGAACAUGCUUCCUUGUCAUUCGUCAUGGCCGGUCUCUUGUCCUGGGCACUGCAGCUCGUGGCCACAGCAUCUUUAUCCUUUUUUGCCUCCUUGUUCACGAGCACCCUACUAUACCGCACCUUCUUCCAUCCUCUCCGCCGAUUCAUCGGUCCUAGCGGUGCCAAAUACACACAAUUCUGGCUCGCCGCCCAAUAUGGCGAGUAUGUCCGCGUCAGGCCCAACAUGCUGUCCAUCUCCGAUCCAGACAUGGUCGAGUCUAUCCACGGAACACACACCACCUUUGAGAAGGACGAGUGGUACGACAUUGGCAUAUCAAUGGCGGAGCACGCCCACCGCUGGGGGCACGGCUGGGACAAGGCAGUCGCUCCCAAGCCACUGAGGGCUUACGACUCACGACUGCUCAAAUACUCGGAUAUCUUGGUCGAGCAGCUCUCCCACAGGUCCGGCGAGGUCGUCAAUCUGACAGAAUGGACGAAAUGGUGGUCUUUCGACAGCAUGGGCACUCGCAACAUCUCUCAAACAGGAGACCCUGCCUUCGGCAGGCCCUUUGACACCCUGGAAAAGGCCCAGUCGCACUCCUACCUUGAUACUGUCCACAUGACGGGUCUCGUCGCCGGCGUGCUGGGCAGCCUUCCCAGGCUGCUGCACAUGAGUGUCGCCCUUGUGUCCCUGCCUUUGACCCCGAUUCGCCCGGCUGGUCGACUACGCGCACCAGUGCGUCGAGGAGCGCAGGCAGAAGAAGGAGCCUUCAGAACCAGAUGA